GAGCACCGCCUGAAGGGGACGUGAAUUGCAACAGCGCGAGGCGACUAUAGGAGGGGUUCAGCGGUGGGAGCGUCUUUAAAAUACGCUAGGAUAACGUUAAACGCGGAAGAAGACAUUUAGUUUUCAGGAAAGGACAAUCGGAGUGUCACAAAAGAAUCAUGGAUGUCAUAGAUCCCAUUAUCACCAUAGCGGAGAAGCUGCACGCAAUGUGCAAAGAGGUGAAAGCCAACAAGGAACGCUGCAAAAGGCUGGAUCAGCGUGUGGCAGCGUUGGUGCACGUGGUGAAGAUCGUGAAGGUUCAUGGCCUGGGGCCCGAUCCUGAAUCAGUGAAGAAGAGCCUUCAUGACCUGAAGCGCACACUGAUGUCCGCCCAGCAUGUGGUGAAGAACUUCCUCUCCACUGGCUGUUUGAAGCGCAUCUGGAAGGCCUUCAAGCUGAGUGAGGAGUUUGAAAGCUUGAACAUGGAACUCAACGACGCUGCGCAGGUUCUCUCACUGGCCCUGCAGAUUGACCAGCGGCAGCGGCUGGAGAACAUAUUCCAGGAGGUCAGGUGCAUGAAGGAGGAUGCUGAGGACAGGGAGGUCGAUGACCUGGAUCUGGAAAAGUUGCUAGAAUCCUUGGAAGAGAUGAAGGAGAGUGUAGAUGCUGUGCAUGACAUCGCCAAAUCCACCAGUGAAGAUGUGAAAGAUAUCAAAGCCUCACUGGAAUCUCUAAGGAAGUCCAGCAUCCAGCAGAAGGACAUCCGAGAGAUCGAACCAGAUAAGCUCAGCUACAGCAUUCCAAUGAUUCCUAUCGUGAAGAGCACAACCUCUGAGCUCUUCAAGGGAGAAUAUAACAAGUUCACUGUGGCCAUCAAGAGAUUCACCUGCCAGAGCAGCCCAGAUGAAAUAAGGAGGAUCUUCACUAAGGAGGUGGAAACCAUGCGGCGCUUUGAAUCACCAAACGUCCUGCGCAUGUUUGGCAUCUGUGUCGAGGAUGAGCGCGGACCUUCCCCGAACUACCUCAUCGUAAUGGAAUUCUGCGAGAAGGGCAGCCUGAGGCAGGUGCUGGACGGACAGAGCAGGCUGCCGUGGGACAGACGUGCUCGCAUGAGCCUGGACGCAGCCCAGGGCAUCUACAGGCUGCACCAGUCGGAGGCGAAGUUUAAAGUGCAUGGGUGUGUCAGCAGCUCCAAGUUCCUGGUGGAUGCUGGGUACAGAGUGAAGCUGGGAGGCUUUGAACUCGCGAAGACUGAGACCUCCCUGAAGAACAACAAAGACAAGAAGGGCAGUUCCAUAAUCUACUGCUCCCCUCAGCAAAUUGAGAAUGUUAACCACCCUUAUGACAAGAACUGUGAAAUAUACAGCUUCGGAAUUGUCUUGUGGGAAAUCGCUACUCGUCAGAUUCCAUUCAAAGGCUGUAAGUCACGCGAGAUCGACCAGAAAGUCUGUAAGGAGAGGAGCAUGGAGCCCCUCCCAGCAGACUGCCCCCGAAACCUGAAGGAUGUGAUCAAUGCCUGCCGUGCCUAUGAGCCCUUCUACAGGCCAUCAGCCGGAGCGCUGGUCGACAAACUACGUGAUGUGGUUCAGGAGUUGGACAAUGACUGAGUGGAGACCCAGUGGGCCUGGGCAUCACAGAGAUGAUAUGGCUGAACGAAGUUCCAGCGCAAGACCCUGCCUGUUCCUCGCAGCAAGAAGACACUUCAUCACUAUUAGCUUUAAGUGACCUGUUGUAUUUUUAUAGCUGUUCAUUCUCUUUUUCAGUAUUAUCGUUUCAAAAGAUUUUUUUUUUUGCACGUUCUUCUUUGUUUCAAAAACUUCUUGAAAAAAUCUUUAUUUCAGAAGCCCACAGCCAAUUAAACUCAGUUUAAUAUUAAGUGAAAGAAAUAUUUUCUAUAAAAUCUGUAGAACCUGUUUUUUUACUGUGUGGUUUAUUGUAAUCUUUUAAACUUUCCAUUUUUGAAUUGAUAUAAAAAUGUUAGGCAGAAAACUUAGUAUUUGUGUGUUGCAUACUCAGAAACAGUGCUACAUUCUUUUUAUGGAGAUUGAUGGAAAUGGCGCAGGUUCAACUAUGUAAACAUUCCUAAUUUCUAAAAAAAAUCAUUCAGAAUUCGCAAAUAAAAAGCUACAUCACC